CAUGGGAUGAGGAUCGAACCCAUGACCUCUGUCUCCAGAAGCAAGGGUGUUUACCACUAAUCCAACCAUGAUGCUUACGAGUACCUAGUUUGCAGCAUUAACAAUAAAUUCGAUUUUUUACACUCUAUUAUUCUGCCAGAAAAACAAGGGACAUGGAGAGGGAUAUAACAAGAAUGGAUGAUAACGAUGGUGAUCGGGUUUCACAGCUUCCCGAAGCCUAUUGCUCACCAUGUGCUUUCUUUUUUGAAGAAUACUCCAAAAGCACUUGUUCGAAUGAGUGUAUUAUCCAAGAACUAGUUUUGGGUAACUGCUUCUUUCCCCAUUUUGGAUUUUGAUAUACAUAAUUUCACCAGAGAAAUAAAUGCAUCCCAGGUUCUUUACGAUACUAGUCAUGUGAAGAACAUGUUUUACAAGUAUGUCGAGUAUACUACUUCCAGAUUAUGUAAUCAACAAAACAUUACUAGGGUUCACACUUUCAACCUCAUUGGAGGAGUGCUGCUCGAGAACCCUUCACAGUUAUCCGUUGUUGAUACCUGCAUUGGCUUAAUUCUUAGGAAAGGCAGCCUGCAGGCGUUGAAAAUUAAUAUCUAGACUAUUGCCCCUCUGCCAAAGUACCGUGUGCCUAAUAUAAUCUUAUCUUUAUCGUCAUUAUCUUCUUUGGUCUUACAAAAUUGUGAGUUGCCUUCGUCCUUGAUGGUUGAUGAUGCUAUCAAGUUUAAGUCUUUGAAGGUGUUGCACCUUGCGAGAGUCAAUAUAAACGAGCAAGUGCUUCAGCGUCUGGCCACUUGCUGCCCUCUUCUUGAGAAAUUCAAGCUUCUGGGUUGUUAUGGUUUUAAAAGAUUUUGUAUCGAUGGGCUUGAGAAUCUUGAACAAGUUGCUCUUAAUUUUAACAAUGAAGUUAAGAGAAUAGAUAUUGAUGCUCCAAAUCUAUGGUAUCUUAUCUUGGUAAACCUGGAUCAACAAGAGGCACCAUGUAUGAAACUUUCAUCUUGCAAGAAGCUAACAACACUAUCUUACCACGGGAACCCGUUACCCUAUAUGGAAGGUUCUACUGACUUUUUAUCCAACUUCUCCUUUAUUGAAAAUUUAUAUUUGGCUACUUCACAACACAACCUGAAGAUAUCAAGUCGUUCCUUAAAAACAUUGGCGUUAUAUCCAUGGUGCGAUUUGGAUGUAACUGAUAUCGAUGCUCCUAAUUUGCUUUUAUUUAAGUACUCUCUUACGUCUAAAUUGUCUGAACUUCUGCCAAGUCGGAAGCACAAAUGGAAUGGUUUCCUAGCCGUGAUGUGAAUGCUCUUUGGUUCAAGAAAUUGAGGCUUUUGAACAAGACUACUGGAUUCUUCAAAGUUUCGAAGCUGAAUAAUUGCUCGACUUUCAUAGAUGUUGAGGAGCUAAAGGUCAUUGACUCCCCACCUUUUGAACUUGAGCAUGUUGAAGUAGAAUUUGGGACCAUAAAAGAGUUAUCAGUUUAUGUAGCUGCUAUUGAUGCUGUACUUUGGUGUUUACAUCCACAAUCUUUAACUUUAAAGUUUGAUUUUCAAAUCCUUGAUUUUGAACAUCGGAGCCACAUCGUGAAGUUUACAUAUGAGAAGCUGCUUCUACAGAAAGAUGAAGACCGGGCUGAUAUCCAGAUUAUGUUGUCUAUCUCUUCUUCAAAAGCCAAAAAGCACUUCAAUGGCUUGAAUUCAUUGUUGGCAGCAUUACCUCGUGAUCCACUAAGACACUUAAUCACCUUAAUAAAAGUAGAAGAUUCGAAUGCCCGUCAAAGAAGCAUGAUGCAUCAAAUGGAGGAACCUGUCAGUCAGUAGACAAGUAAGAUGAAUGUGUAGUACAGUAGUACUUUUAUAUAUUGGAUUUUGUGUUUUGGAAUUCAGUGAUGUAUUCAUCAAGUGAACAGUUUUUAGAAACUCUUCCCUAAAUAUAAUUCAUAGGUUUACUGAUGGUAUCUUAGUUGA